AUGGGUAACAGAAAUUUUGUAAUACCAGUAGUGCCGUUUCUACAAUCGAACCACAGCAGAUCACCCGAGCAGAAAUCUGACAAUAGUCGACAACGGGAACAAAAUUCGACAACAACUACUAUUGAACUACCAAAAAAUAACAGAGGAAGUGGUAGAAAUGACGAUAGGUAUGCUGAUCGAGAACGAAGUACAACUGAAAAACUUUACGAUUAUUUAGAGGAGAUCGCUUGCCAUUGGGAUGACAAUGAUUAUGAGGAAAAAUGGAAUGAAGUAGAGAAGCAAAUUGAAGAUAUAUUUGAACAAGAUGUGUCGUAUCAUUGCUGUGGUCAUCGUAGAAGGACAAUGAAAACAUUGAUUGUAAAACUAAAUGAAGAAUUAUAUUCACCACUACAUAAUUGUGUUCUUAAACAAAAUACAGUUGUUUUACAAAAGUUUAUAGAAAACUAUCAUUGUGGUAAGAUUUUUGU